CCGAAAUCUCAGGAGGAAGGGAGAAGUUGGGGUGCUCUUCUAAUUGUUUCUUUUGUAAAACACGCCAUUUCUGUUGUUUCUCCUGCAAUUUUCUCUCCAAGGAGAGAAAACGAAGCUUCAUGGGAAACAGCAGCAACAGUUGGUCCCACCCACCGUUCCCCAAGCUGGAGCUGGGGCUGGGCUCGCGAGCCGCCGCGCCCCGGGCUCGGGAGCUGCCUGCCUGCUCCAUCUGCCUGGAGCGGCCGCGGGAGCCCAUCUCGCUGGACUGCGGUCACGACUUCUGCCCGCGCUGCUUCAGCACCCACCGGGUUCCCGGCUGCGCGCGGCCCUGCUGCCCCGAGUGCCGCGAGGUGUGCGGGCGCCGGAAGGGGCUGCGGGGCCUGGGGGAGAAGAUGCGGCUGCUGCGUCGCAGACCCGCGCCCCCGGCGCCGCAGGAGACCUGCACUGUGAGGGCUGAGCCGCUACUCCUGGUGCGGAUCAACGCCUCUGGCGGCCUCAUCCUGAGGAUGGGGGCCAUCAACCGCUGCCUGAAGCACCCCCUGGCCAGGGACACCCCCGUCUGUCUCCUGGCAGUGCUCGGGGAGCAGCAGUCCAGGAAGAACUUCCUGCUCCAGCACCUGCUUCAGGGCCUCCAGGGCCUGUGUGGCGGCGAAGGUGGCGGGCCCAGAAGUGGAGUCCCCCUGCCCGGUGCCAGGUGGGGGGCCAGCAGCCUCAGCAGGGGCAUCUGGAUGUGGAGCCAGCCCUUCCUGCUGGGGAAGGAGGGAAGGAAGGUGGCUGUCUUCUUGGUGGACAUGGGGGAUGCGAUGAGCCUGGAACUGAGCAAGGAAACCAGGACCAAGCUCUGCGCUCUUACCACAAUGCUGAGUUCUUACCAGAUCCUUAGCAGCUCACAGGAGCUGAAGGACGCAGACCUGGAGUAUCUGGAGAUGUUCGUGCACGUGGCUGAGGUGAUGGGCAAGCAUUAUGGGCUAGUUCCAGUCCAGCACUUGGAUCUCUUAGUUCCAGACUCCUCCACCCUCAGCAAGGCAGGGCGGGGGCACGUGGGCGACAUCAUUAGGCGAUGCUCCAGCAAGUACCCCCGGGUUCAGGAGCUGCUCCAUGGGAGGCGGGCACGCUGCUGCUUCUUGCCUGCUCCAGGGCGCUGGGCCAGCAGAGGCCCCGGGAGCCCGGGCGACACAGAUGACGAGUCCCACCACCUCCAUGCCUACGUGGCUGAGGUGCUGAGUGCAGCCCCUCAGCACGCCAAGAGCCGCUGCCAGGGGUACUGGAGCCAGGGGCGCCCUGUGGCCCGGGGGGACAGACGCCUGCUAACGGGGCAGCAGCUCGCCCAGGAGAUCAAGAACCUGUCGGGCUGGAUGGGGAGGACCGGGCUGGCUGUCACCUCUCCAGACGAGAUGGCCGCACAGCUGCACGACCUGAGGACCAUGGAAGCUGCCAAGAGGGAGUUUGAGGAUUUCGUAUGGCAGCAGGACAUGGCCACCAAGCGCCUCUUCUCGGCGCUGCGCGUGCUGCCCGACACCAUGCGAGCCCUGCUGGGCACCCAGAAGGACGCGCUGCUGGCCCGCCACGGUGCUUGCCUGCGGGGCCCGGAGUGUGAGCGCGAGCGGACGCUGGCCGCGCUGGACGCCGAGCUGCAGGCCGAGGCCAGGCUCUUCAUGGACUCGUACACCGUGCGCUUCUGCGGCCACCUGGCCGCCGUGGGGGGCGCCGUGGGGGCGGGGCUCAUGGGGCUGGCGGGCGGCGUGGUGGGGGCGGGCAUGGCCGCGGCCGCGCUGGCUGCCGAGGCGGGCAUGGUGGCGGCGGGCGCGGCCGUCGGGGCCACGGGCGCCGCGGUGGUCGGGGGAGGGGUGGGCGCGGGGCUGGCGGCCACGGUGGGCUGCAUGGAGAAAGAGGAGGACGAGAGGGGACAGGAAGGGGACCGGGAGCCCCUGCUCCAGGAGGAGUAGUGGCUCUGCAGGACGGAGGCGAGGGAGGGGAAGAAGCAAGCCCAGGAGGGGGCUGAGACGUUGUUCCAGAUUCUCUGGCAGAGUGGCCAGCUGAGCCGAGCGCCCACGUGGCCCCAGAAACCUGGGGACCGAGGCAUUGUCGGGGAAAGAAGAUAAAUCCUGCUAGCGGCAGGCAGUUGCUAACCUACCCUCGCCCUCAGAUAAACUUGACCCCAGCAACUCUCAGCAGCCCUCGCCCCCAGCCUGCCUCCUUUCCUGGGGUCAUGGAAAUAGCAGCCUUGGGCGUCUCCUCCGGGUGGACAGGGUCUGUUGUUUCCCACACAAGUUAGUCAUCUUCCUGUGGGGGGCACAACCCUGUUACAGAGUUGGGAAGGACACAGAAGCUGACCCCACCUCA